AUGGAACGCGGUGAUCGUGAGUUCUCGGAUUUUCGGGAGCGCGACCGGGCAAAUGUGCGACGCCGCCGUUAUGAUGUUGCCCAGCUGCGGGUGCGCACCUCGGACCCGGACUCACCUUCGCCUGCAGAAAGGUACCAAGCUACCAUUGCAACCGAGCUUGUAGAUACAUGGCAAGAACAGCACGACAUAGAUCAGAAAUGGUCCAACGUCAAGGCGGCUAUCGACAAGUCUGCUGCGUCUGUCUUGGGCUUCUCCCGGCGUCGCCAACCAGACUGGUUUCGGGAGGCAGAGUCAGCCAUCCAGCCAUUGCUAGAUGAACGGAAUCGGUGCUAUACCGACUGGCUAUGUAGUGGCCAGAGCCGCGACUGCUCGCACUACACAGCAUUUAAGGUGGCUAGAUCCAGGGCGCGUGCUUCCAUAUCCUCGGCUAGGGUAGACUGGAUAAAGGCAAAGGCACAGGCGGCCACAGAGUCGAGAUUCAAUGGAGCGGUCGUAUGGAAGUGCAUCCAUGACCUCCAGUCUUGUACCCGGGGCCUCGCCCCUGUGCGCACCUCCGCCGUGCUGGAUGAGAACGGUAACAUCUGUAGUUCACCAGAGGAGCAGAGCCACCGGUGGGGAAGACACUUUGACGGUGUUCUCAACGUGGCAAGUGCAUGGAAUCGCAAUGCCCUGGACGACAUCCCACAGCGACAGGAGGCUGAUCAUCUUGCUGAGGCGCCGACUCUCCGUGAAGUCAGCCGCGCUAUCUCCCGCCUACAGAACGGCAAGUCCGCUGGAGCCUCUGGCAUCCUCCCUGAGAUGCUGAAGAGGGGUGGUCCUGACCUCACCGCCAAGCUUGUGGAGCUGUUUGGCGAUGUGUGGCGUGCUGGGGUGGUCCCGCAGGAGUGGGUGGACGCCACGUUGGUCCCCAUCCCAAAGAAAGGGGAUUUAUCUCGCUGUGAUAAUUGGAGGGGUAUCUCACUGCUGGAUGUUGUGGGCAAGGUUCUGGCGAGCGUCAUCCAGACUCGUCUCCAGUCCGUGGCUGCAGAUUUUCUCCCAGAGUCUCAGUGUGGCUUCAGGCGUGGCCGAUCUUGUACAGAUAUGGUUUUCAGUGUUCGGCAGUUCCUCGAGAAGACCAUUGAGCACGACUGCAAAGGCUUCUUUGUAUUUAUAGACCUCAAGAAAGCCUAUGAUUCCGUGCCUCGGGAUUGCCUGUGGGAAGUCUUAUCCCGAGCGGGUAUCCCUGCUCCCAUGCUUGCCGUGAUCCGUUCCUUUCACACUGACAUGUCGGCGGUGGUUCGGGUAGAGAACACGACAACUGACCCUAUCCGCGUCACGAAUGGUCUCCGUCAGGGGUGCACCAUGGCACCUGUGCUGUUUAACAUCUUCAUGUGGGCGGUGGUGACUGUGUGGCAGCGACGAGUCCGAGAUGUACCCGGUGUUGGUUUUGAGUUCCGGCAUUGUGAUGGUGACAAUAACCUUUACCGCAAGCCUACCAGGACGGAUCCGGUUGCCAUUGCCACUGAGUCACAGUUUGCAGACGACUCAGCACUUUUCGCGAUGACUCGUGCAGGGGCGGAGACGGCACUUGCAGUGUUUGACACGACCGCAGCUGAGUUUGGGCUUAAAGUUAGCGCUACCAAGACACAGUUCUUGGUUGCAGGUAGGGAUGUUUCGCCUGGGGACUGCGCUCCAAUCGAGCUAGCUGGCACGGUCAUCGAGUGUGUUUCGGAGUUCCGGCAUCUGGGAUCUCUCAUUCAUCGCGGUGGCCGGUCGACACAGGACAUCACUGCUCGGAUUGCGCAUGCCUCUCGUGCUUGUGGCGCCUUGCAAGGAACCAUCUUCAGCAAUCCUGACCUUGAUUUGCAUAUCAAGAGAGAUUGCUGGAAUAAUCACACGACCAACGCCCAACUGUUGGAGAUGUGGGAUGACUCUGAUACCAUCUGCGUGAAGGUCGCACAGCGUCGCCUAGAGUGGCUGGGCCAUGUUGCUCGAAUGGACAGUAGCCGGAUGCCGAGACAGAUCCUGUUUGGCUCACUUCUCACACGUCGCCCAGCACAUGGCCCUCGCAAGCGCUGGAAGGAUUGCGUUGUCUCCGACGUAAGAGUUCGUGGCCUCACCAAGGAAUGGUACCCUAUCGCCUGUGAGUCCCGUGCUGACUGGCGGACUAUGUACGCCGAGCCUGUGGAGAAUGUGCCUCAGCCUGACCCAGUGCACUGGGCAACAGGCUUGACACGUGGCAUCGCCGGAAACUACGAUCCAUCCUUGGCGUACUGUAUCCACAAAACAAUAUGGAAUAAAAACUAA